UAGUUAUGUAAAUGUCUACAUUUGUUUGAAGUGAACUUACUCAGGACACACAAACAGCUGAAGAAGGUGAAGUAACCGAGAACUGCCAGUCAUGCUUGUGUGAAGAGGUUAACGCUGAGGAAGAUGAUGAUCGUGAUGAUGAUGAAGAGGAAGAUGAGGAUGAAGACUGGGACUGGGAUCAUGAGAUGGGAAGACUCAUGAAGCGCCACAGUGGUGCUGCUGGAUGCAAUCCACAGGCAAAUAGACAGACCCCUAGUUGCAAUUCAGCAAAAAUGUCUACCCCUACAGACAAGGCUUUAAGGAAAUUUGAACAUAAAAUUAAUUUAGAUAAGCUGAAUUUUGAUGACUCUGUUAUAAACAGAGUCACAGAAAAAUCUAGACAGAAGGAAGCAGACCUGUAUCGAGUCAAGGAUAAGUCAGACAGAGCAACAGUAGAACAGGUAUUGGAUCCAAGGACCCGAAUGAUUCUGUUCAAGAUGCUAACUAGAGGUAUCAUAUCAGAAAUCAAUGGCUGCAUCAGCACGGGGAAAGAAGCUAAUGUAUAUCAUGCCAGUACUGCAAAUGGAGAAAACAGAGCAAUAAAGAUUUACAAAACCUCUAUUCUGAUGUUUAAAGAUCGGGAUAAGUAUGUGAGUGGUGAAUUUAGAUUUCGUCAUGGAUAUUGCAAAGGUAACCCAAGAAAAAUGGUGAAGACAUGGGCUGAAAAAGAAAUGAGGAAUUUAAUAAGGUUGAGUACAGCCCAGAUACCUUGCCCAGAGCCAGUUAUGCUAAGAAGUCAUGUGCUUGUCAUGGGCUUUAUUGGUAAAGGUGAUAUGCCUGCUCCUCUGCUGAAGAAUGCUCAGUUAUCUGACUCAAAAGUCCGGGAGCUGUACCUGCAAAUCAUCCAGUACAUGAGAAGAAUGUAUCAAGAUGCCAGACUUGUUCAUGCAGAUCUCAGUGAAUUUAAUAUGCUGUACCACAGCGGGGAAGUGUACAUCAUCGAUGUGUCUCAGGCAGUGGAACAUGACCACCCACAUGCGUUGGAGUUCCUGCGAAAGGAUUGUGCCAAUGUUAACGACUUUUUCCAGAAGCACAAUGUUGCGGUGAUGACUGUGAGGGAGCUGUUUGAGUUUAUUACUGAUCCUUCUAUUACAAGUGAGAACCUGGAUGACUACCUCUCUGAGGCAAUGGAAAUAGCAUCCAAAAGAACAGAGGAGGAAAGAUCGAGUCAAGAUAAUGUGGAUGAGGAAGUAUUUAAGAAAGCUUACAUACCUCGAACUUUGACUGAAGUUAAAAACUAUGAAAGAGAUGUGGAUAUAAUGAUGAAAUUGAAAGAGGAGGACAUGGCAUUGAAUGUUCAACAGGAUAAUAUUCUCUAUCAGACUGUGACAGGAUUGAAGAAGGAUUUGUCUGGUGUUCAGAAGAUCCCUGCGCUUCUUGAAAAAAAGGUGGAGGAGCCAGAAACAGGUUCUGAUGAUGACAGCAGUUCAGAGGACUCUGACUCAGGCCGUCAAGAAUCUCUACAUCCUAAAGAUCAACCUGCUGAAGUUGGCAUGGAUAAAAAGGAAAGGAAAAAGAUGGUUAAAGAAGCCCAAAGAGAGAAGAGAAAAACCAAAAUCCCAAAACAUGUGAAGAAGCGGAAAGAGAAGACUGCAAAAAUGAAGAAAGGCAAAUAAAAUUGGCUUUAGCUUGGGGAAAGGGAUUGGAUGUUGUGGGCAGCUUACUCGCCAUCAUUUUUUUGUAGUUUUUUUUUUUUAUUUAAGAAUUCUCUAUUUAUUUACAUACAGUAAUAACUGAGGGUGGUUUCGUUAACGAGAUGGUGUAGUUGUUUGGACAGCAUUUUUUUUCAAUAGGGAAGAAUGGUUUCAACACAUUUGUAUAUAUUAAAAUCCUUUAUAUGUGCAGGUUUAAAAUGCUGUUAAACUCGCAUCGGUUUGUUCCUGGGGUCCUACUUCUCUGCCUGCUUACGCUACAUACAUGUUAGUUUGGUUUGCUUCAGAGUGAAGAGAGGGAAUGACAAAGACUAGAAAACAGUCCACCCAAAGGCCCAUGUUGUCUUUAUAGUACAGAAGCAAUUAGAGCUAGCUAUCCCCUGCAUGCUGCCACAGUCAUCUGUGGAUACCCCUGCAGGCUUUGUGUCUUUGUUUGCCCAUCUGCACUUGCAUCAACUUUGUUAUCUUACUGAAAGUUGGGGUUUUGUGCUUUGGGAAGCAGCUCUCCUUACUGCCCAGUGACCUUCUGAAGCAGUUGGGCAUGCAUACCCAAACAGAUCGAGGCCCAGAUCUUUGCUUAGGGCUCUGCUGCUCUUAAGAGUAUUGGGAGCAAGCUGCUUGUAAGCUGCUCAGAUGAGUAUUUGCUAUCAAGAUGAAUAAUGUGUGUUCAAAUUCAAAGCUGUCUGAAUGAAGGCCAGUGCCAGGAGCUUUUUGUGGUGUGGCUCAGCACACCUAUCCAUCCUGUGCUAGUCUGCUUCAGCUCUUUGGUACAGAAGGAUUGGUAGAGUUCUGCUCAUAAAUGAGCUGCUUGGUUUGGGGCAAAGGUGCCAUACCUCAGGCAGCCCACCUUCUCUCUUGGCAGCCACUUUGAUCUCUAAGGCUGACCUUGGGAGGGGUGUCUUCCUCACGCAGUAGAGCACAUCCCACCCCUUUUCCGCUGCCAGCAGUCUUGGAACGUCCUGUGCCAGUGCAGAGAAGAGCUCUAAUUUCUGCAAGUAUCUUGAUUUAUUUUCCCGCACUGGGAGUGAAGUUGUUGCCCUGGGGAUUAUGCUAAGGGGGCAUGUACUGUCUGCUUACAGACGACAGCCUUUAUCCAUCAGCUAAUGAGCACUGCGAUGAUGGGUUGACCAGGGGCAGGUUGAAGCUUCCUUCUCUCUACUCGCCUCCUACACCCAAAAAAGAUUGCAGGCUGGUCAUGGGCAGCCACCUCUGGCAGAGAUAGAGAUAUUAAUGGCCAGCUGCACAUACGGUUGCUGCAAUGAAUGUGUUCCUUAAAGAAAAUGGUCUCACUGCAUUUUGACCUCCGCAGCCUUUUGGUGCCUCUGCCUUGGACAACUGGUAAGAGAGGAACUGGUGAAUACUAACACAUCUCUCCCUCCCUUCAUCCCCUUUCCCCUUAUCCAUACAGGAAUUGACAGCACUCAUAUAUUUAGUAUGCAUGUAAGGGUACAUAACAUUGCUGAAGCAUGUAGGGAGGCAAGAUGGGCAUUGCCUCAGUAAAGGGGGAUGUUUUUUGGGAGAAAGUAGAAAUAUCCAUGCAUUUUGGAAAAUGGAACUACAUCAGGUAUAAGAAAGGGGGCUGACUCUGCCUUUCCCCCGCCUUGGUAGAAGGGGAUGGGGAAGAAGGGUAAGAUUUGCAUCCUGGGGGAAGGGAGUACUCUUGGUGGUCAUUUGUCUGGUGCCCAGGGCUGAGGUGCUGCCGCGUGUAUGAACAUAGGCUCUUUCUUGCUUUUGCCUGCCAAUAUGGGAGCUUGCAUAGUGCCAGAACCAGGCAAAGGUGGCCUUGAGUGCCAUGGAGGAUGGCUGCCUUGAAUCUGUAUGCCUGGGUUCAUAUGUGCCAUGCUAGAGAAGCUAGCGUUGAACCUGCCCAAGCGUCCUGUAUCUUAGUGUACCAACCACAGACAGGCUUAACUGUGAACUUGGGCCUUGCUAAACUCCCCAUGUGGGCUUUAAUUAUCAAAAUUAGGCUGUGUGAUGAGGGAGAGCAGGGGGAGGUGGUGUCUAAAGUGGACAUCCUCCAGAAAAAACAGGAUGCUAGAUUGUCACCACUUCAGCUAAAACCUGAAGGUAAUUGAAACAAUAAAGACAUUGUGAACUUUGCUACUGUAUGACAUUAUGAUGUUUGUUUUUCCCUGCUGACUGAGAAGGAGAUGGUGUUUGCAUAAGUGAUAUCAUUUGGGGUUAAUUAAGGUGUAUGCAACAGAAAGUGUGUGUGUGUGUGUGUGUGUGUGUGUAGGGGGUGUAGAAAUGUAGCCCAUCUGUUGCCUCACUUCAAACUUUCUUGCUAGGCAAACUUUCUCAGGGAUAUUGGUGAAGUGGGCUAAGCAUUCAUGAGAGAUCUCUAAGAAACUGUGUGUGCUUUAACUUAAAGCAGGCCAACAGUGGACUCUUCCACCUGAAAACUGGUCCCUAGCUGAUCAGCGUUAGUCAGGGGGUUGCCAGGCGCGAGAGACAACACUUUCAUUGCAAGUGAGCGCUCUGAAGAUGAUGUAGGAUAGCUACUAGUUUUUGGCAUAGGGCCUGGAAGCCCCAGGCCCAAAGCGUGUGUCCCGUUAGGUAUUUUUUGCCUCUUUUACCUAAGGAGGCGCUUUAGAUCACGGCAGCCUCCUCCUUGUAGUCCAGCGCUUGAGGGGAGAGGAAACAUUCCAGCUCGCAUAACCCUGUCUUUUCUCUAGGCCGUGCACCACAGUUUGAUCAAGUUCGCCUUUUUGAGCAACUGUGUAGCAUAAAGAUGGUCCUGAAUCAGUAAUUUAGGAUGCAAGCCUUGCUUGCAGCAAUGCACAGCAGGACUAUCUGGCAGGCUGUACAAAGCAUGGGCUGACUAUCUGCCUCAGAUGUUUUCUUUUCUCUGGAGCGUGUUGACGUAGCCAAGGUGUUCACGCAGCACCUCAGGUGGAACGUGCCGGAAAAGACUGUGUUGUAAAAGCACAGAUGGCCUGGGGAUAGCCCUUGCAGCUUGGUGUGUGCUUGUGGAGGUGGGCUAUGAGUGCAGUUCAUGUAUCCUGGCUGUUGCGGACUGGAGAUGUAUACAAAUGAGAGAGUCCACAGGGACUGGGUGGGCCAGUAGGAGUUCUUUCGGUCAGGACCAUGAGAUGAUCUUUCUGGGGAUCCCUGAAGCAAGAGAGUGGCUAUUGUCAAAUAUGUUAGACAUAACUACUGAGAGGCACCAAUCUGGGGCAGGGGACAGAACUAUGUUUGUAUCCUAUGUUAAAGAAAAAGCCUCAAAAUAGCAUGGGUAUUCAGUUAUGCUCUGUUGACAUCAGCAUAUGAUGAUGUAAGUUUUUUUCCCCCCAUAGAUUAGGGUCUGGAAAAAACACACUCGCUUUAUUUUGCUAUAGCUGAAUAUUUAUGGCAUGCCCUG